AUGGCGAUAGAUUCUGAAAAUGAUAUCUCAGAUAUUUUUCUUGAUGAUAAUUUUUUAAAAGAUUCUUCUUUGAAUGGUGAUCCUUUAUAUGAAAUUGGUAACAGUCCUAUUAAACCAACAAUUAAACGUCCAAAACCUACCCUAAAUUGUGUUGUUUGUGGUGAUCAUGCAUUUGGAUACAAUUUUGAUGCCAUUUCUUGUGAAUCAUGUAAAGCAUUUUUUCGUCGCAAUGCAUUACGACCACCGGGCGACCUUAAAUGUCGUGGUAAUGGUCAUUGUGAAGUAAAUGUUGAAAAAAGAAAACGAUGCAAAAAAUGUCGAUUAGAUAAAUGCUUUAGAAUGGGAAUGCGCAAAGAAUGGAUUCUUACCGAACACGAUAAACAAAAAAAAAAGAAUAAAGUUGAACAAAAUCGUCGUCAAAGACAACCACAUGUAAACGUUCCAGGACGUCGUCGACGCUGUAUAAAAUAUUGGAAAACUCUUGAAAAUGAUUCAGUUGUAGAUAAAAUUGAUCUAUCAAUACCUGAUGAUAUUCCACUAAUGACCGAAUUAGAUUGGGCAAGAAUUCAUCAAGUUCAACAUGCAUACAAUCAAGCAACAGCAUUAAAUAAAGUCAUUGGCGUUCCAUUAUAUCCAGCAACUCAACCAAUACAUUCACCACUUGAACUUAUUCGAAUUCCAACUUAUUUAGCAUCGAUACGUCUUAUAACUUUUAUGAAAAAAAUUCCUGAAUUUGAUUUAUUUGAUUCAGAAGAUCGUGUUACACUUGUUAAACAUAAUUUAUUAGCAGUUGUUUUUAUGCAUGCUGUUCUAUUAUAUAAUCCACUUGCUGAUACUUAUCAUGAACAUAAUACAGAAGAUCCUAUAUUUCAAGGCAAAGAUUGGAUUGAAAUACUUGGUGAAGAAUUUUAUCAUCAAUUAACAAAUGUAACAACGAAAUUAAUUACAAUAUUUCAAUACGAUCGUGUUAUUGUUAAAGUAUUUUUAUUACUUAUUCUAUUUACAAAAGGUUUUUGUGGUUAUGAUAUAAUUCAUGAACCAUCAUUAAGAAAUCAUUUAAUUGUAUUUGAUACACAAAAUCUUUAUCUUGAAUCACUUUAUAAAUAUUGUUUACAUCAUUAUGGUUUGGUGAAAACCGUUACUUUAUUUACACGUUCUCUUAAUGAAAUAUUUGUUAUUCAACGUUUAGCUGUUCAUUUAAAAGAUUUUGUACAUAAUCAUAUUGAUGCAUCACAAUUAUCGCCAUUGAUGCAAAGUGUUUUACAGUUAACAGACUCAAAUUCAUCCGUAUAA